AUGAGAGAAUGUGAAGAUCCCGAUACCCCAAUCGUUGACAAUGAGACUGUCAUUCUGUUAUCCGACCAUAACGCGAUGAGAAUAGCGAUAACAGAGCUAAAGAACAACAAAUUCGCAGAAGCAGACGGGCUACCAGCUGAGCUACUCAAACAUGGCGGCGGGCAGCUAGUAAGGCAAACAGUAGCAGCAACAACAACACGAACAAAAACAAAUUUAGGUGAAUUGAAUAAAUACCAGCAGCAGCAGCAAUUACUAAGCGACCAGGCAGGGCAUCAACACCACAAAGUGGCAAGUGGCAAGAUGACUGCUGCAACUCCUGCCACUGCUGCUGCUGUUGCUGCUCUAGAACAUGACCUGUGUCAAUUGCUGCAACAAGCCCUAGUUCAGUUGCCUUUCGCUCAGCAAUCUGCUUACUUUAACUCACUGCUGCUCCUGCUAGCUGCACAGAAACUUGCACAGACACGCAAUUCCACCAAAAGUCGCACCGCCGAGCUGCCAAACGCCAGCACACGAAAUGGUGGAUUUUGUGGGGCGCUACAGCGAGCGCCACCACCCAUGCCACCGGGCCUGGCACGGCGACUUGCAAACAAGGAAAACUACGGCAUCGGCAAGGUUAAGGUAAUGUUGCGUGUCUCGGACGCACACACCGACACCGAGCAUCCGCAUUUUAUGGCGGUCGAUAAGAAGAAACGCCAAGUGACGCUGACAGAUCCAUCGGCGGCGAGUGCAGUGGCUGCUUCCACUUCGCAGGAGCGUGGCCCGAUGGUAGCGGCACCGAAAAUGUUCGCUUUCGACAGCCUCUUUACGGCGGAGGAUCAACAGUCCGAUAUAUGUGCGUCUGCUUUGUCUGAGGUGAUACCCGCCGUGUUGGAAGGUUCGGACGGUUGUCUCCUAACGAUUGGCUAUCCGAAUUCCGGUCAACCGAAAACGAUGUUGGGUGGCGUGAAUCCGCCCACGGAAUUAGGUGCUAUUCCUUGCGCCAUUUCGUGGCUCUACAAGGGCAUUAAUGAGCGACGUCAGAAGAGUGGUGCGCGUUUUUCGGUGCGUGUCAGUGCGCUGGGUGUCAGCGCCACGAAACCGGACUCAAGUUCGAAGGAUUUGUUGGCGGCGCAUGCGACUGAAUCCGAUGACUCGCCGGGUGUGUAUUUGCGUGAUGACUUUCUUGGCGGACCCACCGAACUGCGUGCUCCCACCGCCGAACGUGCCGCAUUGUUCCUAGACGCUGCACUCGCCGGGCGACCACAAGGCGGGCUUGAGCCGGCCAUGAUAUUCACACUCCACGUCUACCAGUACAGUUUGUCGCGCAAGGGCGGAGUGGCUGGAGGACGUAGUCGUUUACAUCUCAUCGAUUUGGGUGGUUGUGCCAACCGCAACGGUGGACUGCCACUCUCCGGCAUCGGCAAUAUACUACUGGCCAUAUUGAGUGGACAACGGCAUCCGCCGAACAAGGAUCAUCCAUUGACGCCGUUGUUGAAAGAUUGUCUGGCGCCGUUGACGUGUCAUGUCGCCAUAAUGGCGCACGUGACGCACACACAGUCGCACACGGAUGCACUGACGACGAUACAACUGGCCUCACGCAUACAUCGCAUGCGUCGGCGUAAGCAUCGUUUUCCAAUGCCAAGUGACAAAACGGGUGUGGGAGGGUUGGCGGCGGGCGUUAAUGGAGGACAUCAAUCCACUGGCUCAUCGGCUGGUUCUGGCGCAGAUCCUUCCAGCUCCGAGUUAUCUGCAGACACCGUCAUUUACAUGGGUCCGAGCGACGAUGCUACGGAUGGCGAACAUCCGCCGGUUUAUUUGCCCUCGCUAAGCAGUGGCGAUAAUCGCUGUGUGAUGAGCAAAGCGCUGAAAGGUAGUGGACUGGAGAAGCAGCAACAGUCGCCGGCGAAAAGUGGUGCAGCGAGCACACUAAAGAAGUCAGCUGCACAAAAAGCGCCCCAAAGUCCCACCAUUAAUGCAUCUAGUCGCAAUGGCAGCCUUAAACGCGGCCACGUCAAUAGUCCAACACCAGUCCAGCAAGUGCAACAGCAACAACAACCGCUUCAAGGGGCAACUUCCAACGCCGACCCACAACAACAGUUCUUUUCACCCGUGCACAGCGUUAAAUCACUAUCGCACUCAGCCUCCUCACCAAAGAUAGUUGCAGGCGCUUUGCGCCACACCGGCAUGACUGCGAUGAUGUGUUCGAAAGGCUCGAAUGUGCCGUCACCUAAGGGCUCGCCGCUUCGACGCCCAGGCGUGGGUGGUGGCGCAAAUGUUGUCGCCGCCACUUCCGACGCACUCGACUGUCCCGGCAGUCCAAUGCGCAAGAUAAGCGAAGAGCAAUGGAUUGAUGGGCCGCGCGUUUCGCGCGCCAAGGUGGCUGAGGCGCGUCAUUUGAUGCGCGAAGUCAAUCAUGUGAAGCAGUGCGAGACGUGGAUCGAUGGCCCGAAGUCGCAAUCCACCCGUUCACUGACCGCCGGUAAUCUGCCUACAGCGCCCUCACAAGUGCAGGGCUAUGGCUUCAUGGAUUCGCAUAAGAAAUCUAUGAUACGCCAAUGGGUGGAGAAUCAGACUUCGCAAGUCUUCCAAACCACAUCGGCAGCAUCAUCGCCCACGCAUGGCGUUGCCAACGCCGCUCAUCGCGAUCAACAAGCGCAGCAUCUACGCAAUAUUACUUACCACAUGUCACAGCUCAAGCAGAAGUCACUCGACGCACCGGAGGAUUUGUAUGCGACAAGCACAAGGCAAUUGCCACACCAACAGCGCACUGUACAACAACCACAAUUGCAACAGCAGAAUUCGCUACCCGUUGAGCAGCAGUUUAUUUUGUGCGCCAGCGAGGCGGAGCUGGCGCAAGCCAUUGCCAUGGGUCUUUCGACAGCUGUGAGCACAACGAAUGCCUCGGCACCCGCGGAGAUACGCGGCUCCAAGGCGUUGUACCAUCAACGACAGUCCAGCGCCACAGGCUCGCUCGGACUUACCCAAACGACGACAAAAGAUGAGACUGAUUUACAUUCGACGCACUCGCACACCGGUUAUGGCACCAUUUCACAGCAACUACAAGUCGGCACUACGGCGGCGUCGGAGCAAGGUGUUGGUGUGAGUGGACACCAAAGCGAUCGGCCAGCAGACUGCGAUGAGGACCAGGACAGUGGACCCUCGGAGGUGCCGCCAGCGUUGCCGCUAAUUGAGCCACUCGGUUCGCGUGAAAUUUCGCACGAAAGUCUGCAUCGCAUACUGUCGCGACAUGUGUCACGCGAAUCGCUCUACCAACAACAACAACGUGAACAGCAACAAGAAUUGCGACGCCAAGAGGAGCUGCAACACAAUGCGCCUUCACGGCAAUCAUCGCAUCACUACUCCCAACACAGCAUGGGCAUGUCCGAUUGUGGACUGCAGGUGACAGAGGAGGAAAUAGCGCGCACAAUGGGCGGCGAGCAUCCAUUGUCCGCGCUGAGUCACAUUGACAACAUGUCCAUUGUGUCGAGCUUCAACAUGGCCGGCGAUGCGUUCAGCGAUUGUGCGAUGGGUGAAAGAACGAGGAACCAAUUCGAUCAAUUAGCGCGUUUACGUGAGAUCUUCACCUCACAGCUGGCCAUGGCCGAAGUGACGCCUGUCUUCCGCAGCGGCUGCGAUGUGGGCAGCGUGUAUAGUGAACCCGCCUACCGCUUCAAUACGGGUCCAGGUAGUGUGUGCAGUGAGCCGCCUUAUAGGCCACCAAGCCCGCGACAACCCUCGCGCAGUCCUAGCCAAGGCAGUCUGCCCAGCCUGAAUGGCAUCAUGCAAAUCGCCGGCAUGGAACAAUAUGCUUCUCUGCGCCAUCCCGACGGUGCUUCCGAUCCGAAUUUGCCAAAAGUGGAGAAACCCUUCGUCAUGGAACACGAGAACAUCUGCGAAGUAGAUGAAAAAGCAGCGCUACUCUCACCCUCUAAGCGACCCUCCCUCGAAAAAGAGCAUCUGCCAGGCGUCGGUGGCGCCGCCAUGCCAACAUCCUCUCAAACCCAAUUACCAUUGCUGCCACUGAAUACCUCCUGUGAGGCUUACGACAGCGGUCACGACUCGUCAACGCCACGCACUUCCAAGCAUUCGGGCAUUUCGCGACGCGCCGAGAGCGGCUAUCAUAGUGUGGCGACAGCGCGGGAUAGUGAUGAGAGUAGCUUUACGUCAGGUCUGUCGAAAGAACAUCACAAUCGUAUUACAAUGGUGAAGAAGAAGCGUCAGGAUAAGGGGCUGUGCAAUUGGCUUAUGAAUCCAUUUACCUGCACAUAUCCGGAGACUGAAGGCGAGAUCAGCGACUUUUGAAGAGCAAAGUAGGCCCGAGGGCGGAACUCGAAUUUAUUACACGAACAGAGGUAAACCAGUUUAGGGUUCAAGAGAGCAGACGUAUUGAAAAAGAAUAUGCAACAUACAAAAAAAUAAAUAAGAACAAAAGUGCGCCAAACCCACCAAGAAAUUUUUGCGCGUCGUUAGAAACAAUAACAUGAAAGCAUGCCAAAUUUUUUACUUUAAUAUUAAAAUUAGUGUUUCUUUUUUUUGGGAGAACCAAAGCCAAUGUUUUUAUGUGGUAGUUGAAAUGGCGACUGAAUUUUUAAAUUGAAAUUAUGAUAAAACACAAACGGAAAAUAUUUUUAAAAUGGUAGUACUUAUCAAAAACAAAACGUAAUAACGCAUAAUCCAUUAGUGAAGUGAAAGCUUUUGUGUAAGUAAGUAUUGGAUGUGAAGUAAUGAUAUCUGCUGAAUUAUAAGCUUUCGCACAGCACACGAAAGCCACGUGAAAGUUGCGUGAAUUCGGGUUGUAUGCUUUGAGUGCUUUAAAAUGUGUGCUCGCAAACCUU